AUGAAGGGAAUCCAAGCAACGGUUGGCGGCAUGAUUGCUGCACUCGCCAGCCUUGCCCAGGCAAACUCCGACAUCGUCACCCUGUUCACCAACGGCAACGCUUACAUCCAAGAGGCGACCGCAACUCUCGUCCUUCCCGAGCUGCCCAGCGCCAUCUCCGGAGAUGUCGCCAUCUGGAGCGCCAUCAUGAUGCAGAACGAGGCUUCCUUCCUCCAGGGCGUUACCUCAAACUCUCCGAGCGGAUCUUACUGCGAAGAUGGAGGAAAGAACUGGUGCAACUUCGCGUACACCCUGGUCGGUGCGUAUCACUAUCUGAAGCUGCUCGCGAAUGCGGCACUUGAUCGACCGGCGCUGAUCCGUGACUAG